AGAUUUCUCAGGGGUUUUUGUUGAACUCUUAAUUCUUCCUCUUCAUCUGCUUCUUCCUCUGUUCUUGAAAUGCGUGUUCAUCGUCUGUGUGUGAUCUUCAUCUUCCUCGCAGAGCUACUAUGCUUCUUCUGUUCCUCGGAAUCUCAGACCACCUUCACGUGCCAUCCACAUGACCUCGAGGCCUUGCGUGACUUCAUAGCCAAUCUCGAACCAAAACUAGAUGGUUGGAUCAAUUCUUCUUCUUCUACAGAUUGCUGUAAUUGGACCGGAAUCACCUGCAAUUCAAACAACAUCAGAAGGGUCACUAAAUUGGAGCUCUUCAACAAAAAGCUGUCGGGGAAUUUGUCGGAAUCUCUUGGGAAGCUAGAUGAGAUUAGGGUUCUUAAUCUUUCUCGGAAUUUCAUCAGAGACUCGAUCCCUCUAUCGAUUUUCAACUUGAUGAAUCUACAGACUCUUGAUUUGAGCUCUAAUGAUCUCUCCGGCGAAAUCCCAAGAAGUAUGAAUCUUCCAUCGUUGCAAAUUCUUGAUCUUUCUUCCAAUGGAUUCAAUGGUUCGCUUCCGUCUCAUAUCUGCCAUAACUCUACUCAAAUUAGGGUUGUGAAACUUGCGGAGAACUACUUCGCCGGAAAUUUCACUUCUGGGUUUGGGAAAUGUGUUUUUCUCGAGCAUCUUUGUCUUGGUGUGAAUGAUCUUACUGGUAAUAUCCCUGAGGAUUUAUUUCAUCUCAAAAGUUUGAAUCUUUUAGGGAUUCAAGAAAAUCGUCUCUCUGGUUCGUUGAGUCGUGAGAUUAGGAAUCUCUCAAGUCUUGUUCGUCUUGAUGUUUCUUGGAAUUUGUUUUCUGGUGAAAUCCCUGAUGUGUUCGAAGAAAUGCCUCAGUUCAAGUUUUUCUUAGGUCAGACCAAUGGAUUCAUUGGAGGAAUCCCUAAAUCGUUGGCGAAUUCGCCGAGUUUGAAUCUGCUUAACUUGAGGAACAACUCGUUAUCCGGUUCUUUGCCGUUGAAUUGCACGGCGAUGAUUGCUUUGAACUCUCUUGAUUUAGGUACUAAUAGAUUCAAUGGGUCGUUGCCUGAGAAUCUCCCGGGUUGCAAGCGGUUAAAGAACGUUAACCUCGCGCGAAACGCCUUCCAUGGACAAGUGCCAGAGAGUUUCAAGAACUUCCAGAGCCUAUCUUACUUCUCGUUAUCGAAUUCGAGUUUGGUUAAUAUCUCUUCUGCGCUUGGGAUACUUCAGCAUUGCAAGAACUUGACGACUUUGGUUCUUACAUUGAAUUUUCAUGGAGAGGCUUUACCGGAUGAUUCGAGUCUUCGUUUCGAGAAGCUUAAGGUGCUUGUAGUGGCGAAUUGCAGGCUUACUGGUUCAAUGCCGAGUUGGUUAAGCUCCAGCAAUGAUCUUCAGAUGUUGGAUCUUACUUGGAACCGUUUAACCGGAGCUAUCCCGAGCUGGAUUGGUGGUUUCAAAGAUAUGUUUUACUUGGAUUUAUCGAACAACUCGUUUACAGGAGAAAUCCCCAAGAGCUUAACUCAGUUGCCGAGUCUCACAAGCCGAAAUAUCUCAUUCGAUGAACCAUCUCCAGACUUCCCCUUUUUCAUGAAAAGGAACGAGAGCGCGAGAGCGUUGCAAUACAAUCGGAUAUUCGGGUUUCCGCCAACGAUUGAGCUCGGUCAUAACAAUCUCUCUGGACCUAUAUGGGAGGAGUUUGGUAAUCUAAAGAAGCUUCAUGUGUUUGAUCUUAAAUGGAAUAAGUUAUCAGGAUCCAUUCCUAGCUCUCUUUCGGGUAUGACGAGCUUGGAAACUCUUGAUCUGUCUAAUAAUCAUCUUUCAGGAUCAAUCCCGGUUUCUCUGCAAAAGCUCUCGUUUCUGUCCAAGUUCAGUGUUGCUAAUAACAAUCUCUCGGGAGUAAUCCCUUCUGGUGGUCAGUUUCAGACAUUUCCAAACUCGAGCUUCGAGAGUAAUGAUCUGUGCGGUGAACACAGAUUCCCCUGUCCCGGAGGUACAAUAGAUAGCAGUUCUGACAGAACAUUGAUCAAACGGUCAGGAAGAACCAUAGGCGCUGACAUUGGAAUGGCGAUUGGGAGCGGGUUUGGUUCGUUUUUCAUUCUUACUCUUCUCUUGUUGAGUGUGCGUGCUCGUAGCGGUCAGGAGAAGUUGAUCCGGAGAUAGAAGAAUCCGAGAGCAUGAAUCGCGAAGUACUCGGAGAGAUUGGAUCGAAGCUUGAUGAUGUCUUAAAGAAAGAUUAAAUAUCUCU